AUGGCAGCGCGACAUCCUUCCGAUAGCGAGUCCAUUGACGCGUUAUUAGCGGCUGCCAAACAGCUUGUCCGGCAACUAGAAGAGGUCAAAUCGGCAGAAGCUCACCACGAACGCGCUCACAGUAGGCCGAGACCGAGAAACGCAUCCUCGAAGCAGUCGAUCUGCAAAUCGGAUCUCGCGGCGACGUUCAAGGCGAUUGUCAAGGAAGCGCAGGCGCAACUCACAAAACUCGGAGAGCUAGAGACACGCGAAGUCGAGGGACACGAACCUGAAGAACGCGAAGCCGAGACGCAAGAGCGGCAGACACACGAGCGAGAAACACAAGAGCGGGAGGUCUCAGCGCUACCUAGGCAGGGACAUGUCGACCAGACUCCAACAGAGCGGCGGCUGUCAGAGCGUAGAACAGGGGACUACAAUCUGCGCUUUCCAUGCCUGCUUUCACAGCUAAGGAAGAACAUGGUUGUCGCCAUCCAAGACGCGCGGCACGCCUUACGCUGCCACAACGUCGACGAGCGCGGAUACCUUAUUCUGCAAGUGCAGCAUCGCUGGGAUGCUUCAGAACUCACACAACUCCUCCGCGGCGCCCAGGCGUCGGACCGGGACGAGAUCAAAGGCUUUGCACUUGCUCAGGGAGACGCCGACUGUCUGCACGCGCAGGUCGCUGCAGACACUUCGCUCAACCUUUGCGACAUGGAAGGCUUCAGUGAAGCGUGUGCUUCUCAGCAGCCCAAGGAAGACUUUGAGGAGUGGAUAGCAAGACCUCCCGGCCGCGUUCGAUAUCUGAUCUGCGAACCACUGUCUGAUCACAGCAUCAAUACUCUGCUAGACGCUGGGCCGCAGUGCAAUCGCCGGCCUGAGAUCGCCGGCGUUAACCGUCCGUACUGGUACGUCAGCUGCGAACCCAACACACCCGCAACGUUGCACGUCGAGGACGGCAAUACUGGGUCUGCGAACCUGCUGCUCGCAGGCGCAGAAAAGCACUGGAUCAUCGUUCACCGAAGCAGUGCUGAGAAGCUCGAGCGCUGCAUCAGAGACCAGUUCCCGACUUCUAGAGCAUGUUCGCAGUUUGUGCGGCACCACAACGUCAUCGUAGGACCUCGAUGGCUCGAAAGGAAUGGUAUCAACUAUGAGCUGGUAUGUCAGAAACCGGGAGACGUCUUGGUCACUCUACCAGGGCGUGUCUACCAUGAGGUCCGAAACACUGGCAUGAACUUCGCGAUAGCUAUCAACUACGAGUUUACUGACGCUCCCGACGAUCCAACCGACUAUAUGUGGUGUGAGAGCGGCGAGAGGAAGUGUGGCAGAAACGUGCUCACUCGUCAAAGCUUCGUGCCCGACUUCGUCGAGCCAGUUGUGGAUUCCGGUGAUGGGGCGCCUCCACUAACAAACAAGCGGAAACAACAGGAGGUUGACACUGCUCAGAAUAAACACAAAAGACACGCCAUGCUGGCUCGCCGUCCUGCGAGCAGUAGGCCUGUUCACACCUCCAGACCGUCGUGCACACCUGUCCCAGCUUCAGCGCUUGUACCGAUUGAGGAACGCCUGCUAGAAGCCGUCCUUAGCCCACGAGCUCUGCGUAACUGUAUAGCACUGAUUCGCGCAUGGAGAUCCCAGUUGGCUCGGAUCGAGCUCGCUCCAGCUGCGAGCGACCAGAUCGCGAGGCUUGCCGCCUCUGACAUGAGAAUUCGUCUUGCUCAGCACCGCACCUGGCUAGAUGCUCUGCACAUGAAACCAGCGCAGUAUGCGUUCGCUUCCGAGAUGGACUCGCGGCGGCAGGGCGCCAUUCGUCUCGACAGUUCCGUGUAUGAUCAGGUGCUGAAAGCGCAGGGCUUCGUCAGCGCGACGAAGAAGGACCGCGAGCAGCUAAAGGGACGUGUAAAGCGCGCAACGAAGAUCUACCAGAUCUGCCAAGGCUUCGGACGUGGGCUCCUUUGCUUUCUCCCCUUUACGGACAUCCCUGACAAUCACUACUACAGCAUGACAAACGGCAGUAUCGAAGCCUUUCAGCGUCUGGCGACGGAGAAGCGGACGCUCCUAGAGGCAAGAUGUCAGGUCGGUGUUUUCAUCCAGGAUAUGUUCGCGAAGGAUGUAGAGUUCACGUUUGAGUACGACAACGUGACCUCUUUCGACCAUCUCUUGGAAGCUGAAAUGCUCGCGCUCCUGCAGCCCGUUUCUUACCCGAAGGUCAACUCGUAUACGCCUGACCAUGACUGGCCUAGACCACCGUCCUGGCCAUGGGAGUGGCCCCAGGAUCCCACGUGGGCUCCGCCGAGUGCCUGCGAGACCUGUGGCGUCGAAGAGUGCACCUGUCUUGCUGGGUUGCAUCAGAACCGCCACCGCGUCGUCGACUACGGCUCGAAAGGACGGGGCAUCCAAGCUCUGGCGGCUUCAGGUGGGGGCUUAGCUUUCACCGAGGGCGAGUACAUUCAGGAGCUAGUCGGUGAGGUGAAGCCGCUGGACUGGUCCACCAGUAGCUACACGUCUGUCGAGCUUGAGAGGCCGGAUGUAGGCACGACCUGCAGACUGCAUUGCAAAGAGAAGAGCAAUUGGGCUCGACUGGUCAAUCAUGCCUGCGACCCUUGUGCGGAAAUGACGGUGAAGAUAAUCUCCGGCCGAGCACGACUGAUGCUUCGCGCACGACGAGAUAUAUGGGAUGGCAUGGAGAUCACGGUCGAUUACGGCAGCAGCUUUGCAAGAGAUGAAGCAUGUUUGUGCGCGACGUGUAGCGGAAGCGCUGCACCGACAAACGACAAACGACGAAAGUUGAAGCGAUAG